AUGGGAAAUUUUUGCUUUGAUUUUGGAUCCAAUUCAAACAGCUCAAUGAAUGAUUAGCCUAUCUCUCAAAAUAGCAUUAAGAGUCCUAUCUCUCAAAAUAGCAUUAAGAGUCCUAUAUCUUCUAAUCACUAUGAAGAUAACUUUCUGGAGAAUAAAGAUCGAUCAGAUAAAAAGCCAGAUGAUAAUGGAGAAGCUGAGACUAAAAGGAAUGACAGUUAGAAUCUCGGUUCUAAUAAUAAUACAACUAAUAAUCAAAUUUAAAAAUAAAAUGAGGAUAAAUUUUACAUAGUUUUAGUAGGAUAGUCAGGAGUUGGAAAAGAAGCAUUAAUUGACUUAAUGAGACUUAAGGAAAUUUAAACCAAAAAUUCAAGUGGUUCCUAGGAUAAUGAACUAAAAAUUGAAUAAGGAAUUUAAGCCAAAUAUUCAGAAGAUUCUUAGGAUAUUGAACCAAAAAUGAAAGAAGGAAUUUUGGGUGAAGAAUAUGUCGUCGUUGAUACACCAUCUUUUUAAUUAGAUGAUGAGAUCGAUAAAAGAGAAAAUGUUAUUAAGGAAUUCUAAAACUAUUUUGAUAAUAGAAAAGAUAUUUCCAGUUUUUGGAUAAUUGUAAACUUUGAAAGAACUGAUUUAAUGAAGAAAAAAGUAUUAUCAGUAUUAAAGUACUUAAGAAAAUUUAAAAAUAUCAUUUCAAUCGUUGUUGUAAACAUGGAAUUAAGUGAAAAUGAAGAACAAGAUAAAAAUCAUUUGAGAGAAAGCUUCAAAUAUAUGGAAUGUAAUUAGAUAAUAUUUAUUAAUAAAAAUAUGAAAUAAGAAGAUAUUAUAAAAGAAAUUAAGUAAAGAGAAUCAACUUAAAUUGAUUUCACUGAUACCAUUUUUGAAAAGAUAUCACAUAGUGAAGAAAACGAAUAAUUGCGAGCUUUAAAUCUUAAAUUAGAAUAACGACUCUAAUGA